AUGGCUGCCAUGAGCGAGUUGAGCCCCACAGCAGGAAAGAGUAAGUACUCCCAAGAUACGCAAGUGGACGAGAAGCACAGUCUCAGGAAAGUUCCGAGCUUAUGUUCCAUUCGCUAUGGAUUAGCCUUCGUUGUACAUUUAAGCAACUUCACGCUGGUGACACAAAAUGUUAUCAUGAGCAUCACCAUGGUAGUGAUGGUGAACAGCACAGACAAUCAAUUCCAACUCAAUGGCUCCACUGACGGGCUGCCUGUUGACUCAUUGGGUGGCCCAAAUAAAGCCCCCAAAAGUCUUCCUGCAGGGGCCCCAGUGUAUGACUGGAGCCCUCAAAUCCAAGGCAUCAUCUUCAGUUCCAUCAACUAUGGCAUAUUGCUGACACUGGCUCCCAGCGGAUACCUGGCUGGAAGAAUAGGAUCGAAGCGAGUGGUUGGUGUAGCUUUGUUUGGAUCUUCACUUUUCGUUCUUUGCACUCCUCUGGCUGCUAACUUUGGACUAACCUUGUUCAUUGCAACUCGAAUACUCCAGGGCCUAAGCCAGGGCUCAGGACUUGGGGGUCAGUUUGCACUUUGGGAAAGAUGGGGUCCUCCACGUGAACGAAGCAGACUCUAUAGCAUUGCUUUAUCAGGAAUGCUACUGGGAACCUUCACUGGCAUCCUCCUGGGUGGCCUCAUCAGUCAAGUUCUUGGGUGGCCUUUUGUCUUCUAUAUCUUUGGAGGCAUUGGCUGUGUCUGCUGCGUUCUCUGGUUUGUUCUGGUUUAUGAUGACCCUGCCUCUCACCCAUGGAUAAGCAUCUCAGAAAAAGAAUACAUCAUAUCCUCCUUAGACCAACAGGUCAGCUCUUCUAAGCAGCCUCUUCCCAUCAAAGCUAUAUUAAGAUCUCUACCUGUUUGGUCCAUAAGUUUUGGUUGUUUCAGCCACCAGUGGUUAAUUAAUGUACUGAUUAUAUACACACCAACUUACAUCAGCUCUAUGUACAAUGUUAACAUCAGAGAUAAUGGGCUCCUGUCUGCCCUUCCUUUUAUUAUUUCCUGGGGUAUUGGUAUCCUGGGAGGCUGCCUGGCAGAUUACCUUCUGAGCAAGAAUUUUAGGCUCAUCACUGUGAGGAAAAUUGCCACAGUUCUAGGAAUUCUACCCCCUUCAGCAUUCAUUGUGGCCCUGCCCUACCUCAAUUCCAGCUACAUCACAGUUACCCUUCUGACAUUCGCAUGUGGACUGGCCACGUUGUGUCAGUCAGGGAUCUACGUCAAUUCCUUAGAUAUUGCUCCAAGAUAUUCCAGUUUUCUCAUGGGAGCCUCAAGGGCACUUGCACACACAUCAUCUAUCCUGGUACCAACUGCCAGUGGAUUUCUCCUCAGUCAGGACCCUGUGUCUGGGUGGAGGAAUAUCUUCUUCUUGUUGUUUGCCAUUAACGUAUCAGGACUAAUCUUCUACCUCAUAUUUGGAGAAGCAGAUGUCCAAGACUGGGCUAAAGAGAGGAAACUCACUCGUUUAUGA